GUAUACACAUCAUAAAUGACUCGACAAUCCUUAGUACAUCAAUUGAUCAGCGAUUAAAUUUAUGGAGCAUUACAUUUAAAAAUUUAGUCAAUAAUGGUGAAAUAAGUGAACAGAAUGAAGAAAGUAAAUUUGAAUUGAUUAAAUCGGAAUUUGUUGAUGUUUGCGAUCCAUCCUGUAUGGAUGUUUUAAGAAUUAAUGGUGGAAAUGAUAAAAACGAUAAAUUAAUGAUAGCUAUUAGUGGG